UUUUCACUGACGAUGACGUUAUUAGAUGUUGAUUUACUGAUAAAUUAAUUUUGAAAUUAUGAGACGCCCACAAUCUUUAGUGUCAAUGAAAAAUGUCAUAAAUCCCAUAAAAAAUUUUAAACAUUUGGCAGAUAUAUUAAAUUUAAGUUUUUUUAUCACGGUCAAUCUUCAAAACAAAUAAAUAAAUAUCAGAAACUUCACAUCCAUCUUGCAUGUUUCCAAAUGCAUCAAAAUUAUAAAGUACUUUAACACUUUGUAUAAAUAACAUCAAUCGUUUUGCGCAUUGAAAAUGUAAAAUGGACAUAGUUUCGAUAUCAAUUCGUUACAAUUUUUUAUCUGCUGCAUCAAGAAUAUUUCUAGCUCAUAGAAAUUAUGCAAGACUAGCUGAAGUUGGAAGAUUAGAAACUCCCAAAUCGUCAGGAAAAUAUGAAACGGGUCAACUUAUUUUACAUAGAGUGUUCGGUUAUAGAGGGGUCGUUCUAUUUCCCUGGCUAGCUAGAGUUUAUGAUAGGGAUUUACCAAACCGCAGGGAAGGAGAUGAAGAACCCUCACCAGGUGUGGGGAAAGAAGUUCGAGGACGAACUCAUACAUUUUAUCAAGUUUUGAUAGACCAAAGAGAUUGCCCAUACAUUAGAGCUCAAACAGAGGCCGUUACAUUUUUGGGAAAUCAGGACUCGUCUAGAAGUUUGUAUGCUAUUCCAGGCCUAGACUAUGUAGCCCAUGAAGACAUUAUUCCCUAUAUUAGUGCUGAAAAGAGUCCAUUAAAUCAUGAAUUAUUUGACAAGUUCCUGUCUGCUAAUCCUAAAGGAGAGCCACCAUUUAUGGCUCAAGAAACGUUGAAAGCAUGGCAGAACAAAAACCAUCCAUGGUUAGAACUCUCAGAUGUCCAUAAAGAAACAACAGAAAACAUUAGAGUCACAGUCAUACCAUUCUACAUGGGAUGUAGAGAGUCUCACGCCACUUCUGUAUAUUGGUGGAGAUACUGCAUCAGAUUAGAAAAUUUGGGAUCCCUCAGUGUUCAGUUAAGGGAGCGACAUUGGAGAAUAUUUUCAUUGUCUGGUACAUUGGAAACAGUUAGAGGAAGGGGUGUUGUUGGGCAGGAACCAGCAUUAACGAGAGCCUUACCUGCUUUCCAGUAUAGCAGCCAUGUCAGCUUGCAGGCUCCUAGUGGCCACAUGUGGGGUACCUUUAGAAUGGAACGUGAAGAUGGAUACACCUUUGACUGUAGGAUACCGCCAUUUUCUUUAGAAAGUAAACCAGACAGUGGGUCAGCAUCACCUCCAGAGUCCAUUUGAUCCAGUCUUUUUAAGUAUACAUUUUUAAAAGACAGGUUAUCAAAGAAAUCAAAUAAUAUGAAUUCAUUUUGGCAUAAUUUGAAAUGACAUUUUGCCAGCCAAACUUACCUACAAUAAGAUCUUUAAAAUCAACAGCGAAACAUACACAUUGGUCUACUUUUAAAUACCUACAUUUUCUUAGCCACUUAUUAGAACAAUGUAAAUAAAUUAACCAUGUAAAUACAUUAAUUUAUAAUUAUUAUCUUUAAUAGAAUGA